AUGCGCGUCGCGGACGCGCUCGCCCCCGCGCCGUCGUCCACGCCCACGUUCACCGAUCGCGUGACGCCGAGCGAGAUUUCGUCGAUGACGCAACGCAUCGCUCGAGCGUACGAGAACGCGCUAAGUGAGGCGUCGACAGGGACGACGUGGGCGACGACGUUCGGAAAGACGCUUGACGCUCUGGGACGAGCGUCCGAGGCGAGCGCGAGCGUCACGCUGCCGAGCAUGACGCACGGUGAUAAGGCGACGAGAGAGGCGAGCACGCGGGGUAAGGAUGCGCUGAAGGCGAUGUUCGAUGGGACGUUCGCGCGGAGAGAGGUGUACCAGGCGAUGGUACGCGUGGGUGCGGACUCGGCGCCGAACGCCGAGGCGAGACGGGCGAGCGAGUACUUGAUGCGCGAGUUCGAGAGAAACGGUGCCGCGCUCGACGAAGCUUCGCAGAAAGUGCUGAUGCAAAAGUUGGGGGAACUCGAGGAGUUGUGCUCGAGCUUUUGCGCGGCGAUCAACGAGGACACGACCAAGGUUGCAUACACUGAGGAGGAGUUGGAGGGCGUCGAUGUGACGGCGUACGAUGAGGACGAGCAGGGGGCGCGUCUCGUUGGAUUGAUCGCGCCGGACAUGAUGCCGGUGAUGCAGUUCGCAAAACGGUCGGAGAGCAGGAAGCGCAUGGCUGAGGCCAAGGCGAGGCAGUGCCAAGACGUGAACACGGACCGGUUCCUUCGCGUCGUCGAGCUGCGCAACGAGUGCGCUCGCAUGUUGGGAUACAAGUCGCACGCAGAAUACAUGCUCAAGCCUAAGAUGGCGAGGACGCCUGAGCGCGCCGAGCAGUUUCUGAGAGAUUUGCUCGUGAAAGCGCGCGGUAAACUCGACGGCGAUCUCAAGGAUUUGCAAAAGUUGAAGGAUGAAGAGGAGGGACCAGAUGCCGGACCAAUCCAGAGCUGGGAUGUGGCAUAUUAUUCGACAAAGUUUAAGGCGACGCUCGGCGUGGACGAGGCAAAGAUACGCGAGUAUUUUCCUUUAGAACACGUGAAGCAAGAGAUUUUGAGCACGUACCAGUCAUUGCUCGGUCUGACUUUCACGCGCGUGGACGCGGAGGUGUGGCACGAGGACGUGGAGUGCUACUCCGUGCGAGAGGCAGAUGGGGAGCAAAAUGUGUUAGGUUUCUUCUAUCUCGAUCUCUUCCCUCGUCCUGGAAAGUACACGCACCAGUGCGUGUAUCCAUUGAGACCGGCUUUCGCGGCCGACGGGGAGUUCACCCCUGCAGCAUGCGUGAACAUCGGCAACCUGAGCAAACCGUCAGCGGACGGAAAGCCCGCACUGCUGCGCUUCCGCGAGGUUGAAACGUUUUUCCACGAAUUCGGGCAUGUCAUGCACUGCGUUCUUAGCAAGAGUCAGCACAGCGUGCACGCAUGGGCGUGGAGCGCGGUCCCAUGGCCGGGAGGCGUCGAACAAGACUUUCUCGAGGUGCCGUCCAUGAUGCUCGAAAACUUUGUUUGGCAACCUGAAGUGCUCGUUCGUCUUUCGAAACAUUACAGCACGGGCGAGAGCUUACCGAAAGAAGAUAUAGAUGCGCUAAGUGCCAGUCGAGGUGCCCUCGAGGGAUACGCUCGCUCUCGAUUCAUCUCUAUGGCGCUGUUCGAUUUGGCCGUGCACGGUGGCCCUGGCCCGUACGAGUUCGAGGGGCAAAAGUACGACAGCAUCGACUUUUACAACAGAAUCACGGCAUCAUUGAGCAAAAUACCGAGCAUCGACGGCGCAUUCCCAGUCGCGAGUUGGUUUCAUCUAAUGAUGGGAUACUCCGCUGGAUACUACGGCUAUCUUUGGAGCGAGGCUUUUGCGGCUGACUUGUUUAGCGAGUUCGAAGCGAACAGGCCGAAUGUCUGUGAUCCCGCGCUCGGUCGUAAGUACAAGGACAUGAUCUUAGCGCCGUGCGCCACCGUGGCUGGCGAUGACAUGCUUUCCAAUUUUCUCGGGCGUGAAGCUUCUCUCAAUCCGUUUUUGAAACGGAUGGGCGUACUCUAA